GGUAAAGAUAGAGACAGCAUAGAUCAGAAUUAGAGCUCAGAUUUAGCAAUUCACCUCUUUGUCUAAAAGUCUCAUCUCUCUCUUCAAAUCAGAGAGAGAGAGAAUGGAUAGUGUGUUUUCUGUGGACGAUAUUGCAGACCAGCUGUGGUCAUCGCCGCCGCCGAUGCGGUUGUCUCAUGAAAUGGAUUCGUCUUCCACCACGUCGUCGUCGAAGAUGAUGAACAGGAGCUCGUCGGAAUGGGCUUUUCAGCGAUUCCUUCAAGAGGCCACAGCCGCCGACACUACUACUUCCUCGUCUUCUUCGCAGCAGAUCAAGGAUCAGACGCUUAAUCAGAAUUUAAUCGCUGAUCAACCGAAGCCGCCUAUGUCCAAUACGGCAUCGUUUGGCUCCGAACCUCCUCCGAAUAUUCCGAUUGAUUCCGAUGAAUACCAAGCUGUCCUCAAAAAACGCCUUGAUUUGGCUUGCGCCGCCUUCGCUUUGACUCGUGCAAACUGUGUAAAACCUCAAGAUUCAGUUUCUUUGCCAUCCGAAAAAGGAUCACUGUUGGCUACUGCAUCACAAUCUGGAUCUCAGGUGCCUCCAAAAGGUUAGCGUUACCAAUUAAACUGAA